GGACGGGGUUCCGGCGUGGACUUAUGCAGCUGCAGCUUCCCCUGUCCUCCCGGCGCGGAGGUGGUUGUCUUGGUUACGAGUCCUAACGGUCCCGGGCCUGAGGUUCCUUGCUGAGGGGCUGCAACCUGAGCUGCUGUCUGGGGACACCUUCGGCUCUUCUAAGUGAGGGCGGUGGCGACCGCUUCAGCCUUCUAUGUGGAGUGAUUGAACCUUUCCAGAAAAUCGGAAGUGGAAUUGGAGAAGAAAAGUGACCCGUAAUAAUUAAAAAUGUCUCGAAAAGUUGCCAAGGCAUCAAAAAAACUGAACGUCUCUAGCUCUCUGGAAUCCGAAGAUAUUAGUUUAGAAACAACAGUUCCGACAGAUGAUAUUUCCUCAUCAGAAGAGCGAGACAAUAAAAUCAAAAUCACCAGGCAGCUAAUUGAACGGAAAGAACUACUUCAUAAUAUUCAGUUACUGAAAAUAGAACUAUCACAGAAAAACAUGAUGAUUGACAAUUUGAAAGUUGAUUAUCUUACAAAGAUUGAAGAAUUGGAGGAAAAGCUUAAUGAUGCACUUCACCAGAAGCAGCUACUAACGUUGAGAUUAGACAACCAGUUGACUUUUCAACAAAAGGAUGCCAGAAAAUAUCAAGAGCUAAUGAAACAAGAAAUGGAAACUAUUUUAUUGAGACAGAAACAGCUAGAAGAGACGAAUCUUCAGCUGAGAGAGAAAGCUGGAGAUAUUCGUCGAAACCUGCGUGACUUUGAGUUGACAGAAGAGCAAUAUAUGAAACUAAAAGGGUUUCCCGAAGAUCAGCUUUCCAUUCCUGAAUAUGUAUCUAUUCGGUUCUAUGAACUAGUGAAUCCAUUAAGAAAAGAAAUUGCUGAACUCCAAGUGAAAAAGAAUGACCUGUCAGAAGAAUUAAGUGAGAACAAAGUUCAACUGAAGCAACUGACAGAGACUUAUGAGGAAGAUCGCAGAAACUACUCUGAGCUUCAAAUCAGAUGUCAGCGUUUGGCCUUAGAAUUAGCAGACACAAAACAGUUAAUUAAGCAAGGUGACUACCGUCAAGAGAACUAUGACAAAGUCAAGAGUGAGCGUGAUGCACUUGAACAGGAAGUAACUGACUUACGGAGAAAAUAUGAAAUACUUGAAGCCACUCACAUAGCUCAAGCCAAAGAAAGAAGUGAAUUAUCAAAAGAGGUAACCACCUUACAGCAGACUGUUACUUUACUGCAAAAGGAUAAAGAGUAUCUCAACCGGCAAAACAUGGAGCUCAGCGUUCGUUUUGCCCAUGAAGAAGAUCGUCUUGAAAGACUUCACGCUCAACUUGAAGAAACCAAAAAGGCUAGAGAAGAGAUGUAUGAAAAAUAUGUAACAUCAAGAGACCAUUAUAAAACAGAAUAUGAAAAUAAACUACGUGAUGAAUUGGAACAAAUCAGAUUGAAAACUAAUCAAGAAAUUGAUCAGCUUCGAAGCGCUUCUAGGGAAAUGUAUGAGCGGGAAAACAGAAACCUCCGAGAAGCGCGGGAUAAUGCCAUGGCAGAAAAGGACCGAGCAGUGACAGCUGAAAAGGAUGCUCUAGAAAAACAUGAUCAGCUCUUAGACAGGUACAGAGAACUACAACUUAGCACAGAAAGCAAAGUAGCAGAAUUUCUCCACCAAAGUAAAUUGAAAUCUUUUGAAAGUGAGCGUGCUCAACUUCUACAAGAGGAAACUGCAAGAAAUCUCACACAGUGUCAGUUGGAAUGUGAAAAAUACCAAAAAAAACUGGAGGUUUUAACUAAAGAAUUUUAUAGUCUCCAAGCCUCUUCUGAAAAACGCAUUACUGAACUUCAAGCACAGAACUCUGAACAUCAGGCAAGGCUAGACGUUUAUGAGAAACUGGAAAAAGAGCUUGAUGAAAUAAUAAUGCAAACUGCAGAAAUUGAAAAUGAAGAUGAGGCUGAAAGGGUUCUUUUUUCCUAUGGCUAUGGUGCUAAUGUUCCCACAACAGCCAGAAGACGACUAAAACAAAGUGUCCACUUGGCAAGAAGAGUGCUCCAGUUAGAAAAACAAAACUCGUUGGUUUUAAAGGACCUGGAACAUCAAAAGAACCAAGUAACACAGCUUUCACAAGAGCUUGACAGGGCCAAUUCUCUGUUAAACCAGACUCAGCAACCUUACAGGUAUCUCAUUGAAUCAGUGCGUCAGAGAGAUUCUAAGAUUGAUUCACUGAAGGAGUGUAUUACACAACUUGAGAAGGAUGUCAGCAAUUUAAAUAAAGAAAAGUCAGCUUUACAGCAGAUGAAGAAUCAAAUGGCAUUAGAUUUGGAACAACUUCUAAAUCAUCGUGAGGAAUUGGCAGCAAUGAAACAGAUUCUCACUAAUAUGCGGAAUAAGCGUUCUGAGGACAAGUUACUUUUUACUAAAAUGGAAUCCAAAAAUGUGACCGAAAAUCAGAAAUCAAAGACUUUGAAUGUGCCUAGAGAACAUGAAGACAAUAUAUUUACACCCAAACCAACACUCUUUACCAAAAAGGAAGCACCUGAGUGGUCUAAGAAGCAAAAGAUGAAGACCUAGUGUUUUGGACAGAUUUGCUACAUCAUCAUUUACUCCUGAAGUUCUUUUUCCAAUGGACAAAAAGUUUAUCUUAAUCAUGUACUUGGCAUUUUUUAACUAGCUAAUUUAAAGUUUCUUUUAACUGAGUGUUAAAUUAACAAAUUUUAUCAUAAUCAAAAUAUAUAGAGUGAACAUAUUUGGUUUUAUCUAUCUUGUUCCAAAAUAAAUGUUGUAUACUUU